GGCUCGUCGAGGUAGUGGUCCGCGCCCCACAGCCGCGACAGCUCGAAGCGCGCGUGCCGCGUCCGUGUUUCUUCCGUCUCUUGGUGACUCGUCUCUCCGUCGAAAGGGAGGGAUAACAGUGGUCGGAUCCGAGAGGAAAAGUCGUCCGAGUUUUAACCCGUGUCCACCCACGGUGGACGCGAUCCGUCCCGACUUCGCCGCGUUCCGCGUCGUCGAGCUGGUGAAUUCUCCGUUUUCCCUAGGAGAAGAGCGCGCGAUUCGGAUCGCGCGACGUUCCUUCUCCAUCCGCGAGGUGGUGGGCAAUGAUAACAGGAGGCGCAAGGGUUUGGAAGGGGGAGACCUCUGCUGACAGUGCGAACGUAGCAGGAUUCUGAGUUACCGGAGAAAAGAUUUCCAAGGAUUCCAACCUCGAUAUCGUAGACCGGUGCCAGGACAUUCGGGGGUGGUGCCGGUUACGUACGCGACACGAUCACGAGCGUUUCCGGGGCAAGUGACGCCUUCGACAUUCGCACCUGGACAUUCGCAUGCGGUCGGCACUCAUGCUCUGGUGAAAGGUCGGAUCUACCGAGAGAGAGGUGCGGACGACGAGAAGAGAGAGAGAGAGAGAGAGCGAGAGAGAGAGAGGCGGCAGGAUGUGGCGCGCACUCGUGGUCGCGGCCCUCUUAGCGGCCACGGAGAAGGUGGACGGCGACAAAGUGGUGGUCCUCCCUCACGACGUUUACCCGGGCUACGAGGUGACGUUGUUCAACACGAAACGGCCUUCCAACUUUCGCCUGAUGGAGAACAACUUCUCCAAGUUCUUCACCGUGCUCGGGAACGGGCUCGUGAUGACCACGUCCGACUUGUCGCCGUUGGUCGACCGCCCCGUGAACCUGAUGGUGGUGGAGGAGCUGGCCAACGCCACCGAGACCCAUUUCCUCCACCUGUACGUGAUAAAUCGAAGGAACAUGAUCACCUUCUCGCACGAUCGGCUGGGGGAGGGCGAGGUGGGGGAGAAUCGAGGCGCGGGCACUUUGGUGGAGGGUUUCCCGGUGCUGAGGGCGCGGGGAAGCUUCCCGGUGCACUACGCGAUCCUGGCGGACGAGACGGGGGACAGGCCGUUCGCCCUGAAGGAGGAGGACUCGAAUCGGACGGGAUUCAACUUGACGUUGGCCAGCGAGAAGGAAGGGGUCCGGGUGGUGACGGCGAAACCGUUGGAUCGGGAGGCGAGCAAGGCGCACACGGUGGUGAUCCACGCCUCGGACGGUUAUCUGCUGACCAGUUCCCGGAUCGACGGCGUGGUGCGGGUGCUGGACGAGAACGACAACAGCCCGGUGUUCGAGAGGGAGGAGUACGCGUUCGAGGCGCGGCCGAGCAAGAGCGGCGAGAGGAAUUCGGUGCCCGGUUGGAGACGAUUCUCCACCGUUGGCAAGGUGGUGGCCAAGGACGCGGACGGGGACAAAGUGGCGUACAAACUGGUGACGCCUAGCAGGCUGUUGGUCGUGGUGCCGCAGACGGGGGAGCUGAUGCUGGUCGGCGAGCCGGAGAUCGGGGCGGAGGAGGACGGCGAGUGCGUGGCGAUGGUGGAGGCGCACGACGUGCGAAACCCUAGCAGGUCGAGCGAGAAGCCGGCCAAGGUGGUGGUUAGGUUCUUGACGUCCGACCCGGUCGAGCAGUCGGCCGAGGUGCACAGGAUACGGAAGAGGAGGGUGACCAGGGCCGUUCGACCGACCAAGAAGGUGGACUUCACGGAAGCGGAUGGCGACAUCGAAGGAAAGAUCGUGUUCUACCUGGAGAAGGAGAACGAGAAGGAGACGUACAAGAUCAGGGACGAGAACAAGUGGGUCACGGUAGAUUCGAACGGGUCGGUUAUAGUGAAGCAGAAAUGGGAUUACGAGGAGCUGGGCUCGGAAAAGACCAUCGAUUUUUGGGUGACUAUUACCAACACAGAAGAACGGUGUGCACGAUACUCGUCGUAUCUCCAGUGUCCAUAUCACGACACGGACAAUCAGCGUGUCAUUAUCAACGUGAAGGACGUUAAUGACGAGCCACCGUACUUCAUAAAUCGGCCCCUGCCAAUGCAAACGGUCGUACAGCUGAAUGCACCGCCGAAUACUCACGUGUUUACCCUUCAAGCAAGGGAUCCUGACACCGACAGCAAUAUUCACUACUUCAUCGUGCGAGAUCGGACCGGUGGCCGUUUCGAGGUGGACGAGCGCUCCGGUGUGGUGCGUACCCGGGGGACCGAUCUCUUUCAGUUGGACAUGGAAUACGUUCUGUACGUGAAAGCGGAGGACCAGAACGGGCGAAUAGACGAGAGGCGUUAUCAGUCGACUCCCGAGGAACGACUAUCGAUCGUAGGUGGGAAACGGGCGCCUCAGUUCUACAUGACCGCGUACGAAGCCGAGAUACCUGAAAACCAGAAGAAGGAUUCCGACAUCAUAUCGGUGAAGGCAAAGUCGUUCGCCGACCGCGAGAUUCGUUACACGCUGAAGGCGCAAGGCCAAGGCGCGGCGGGAACGUUCAAUAUCGGACCAACCACCGGCAUCGUAAAGUUGGCCAAGGAAUUGGAUUUCGAGGAUCUUCGUCAACCGCACAUCUACUCCCUUAUCGUUACCGCCACCGAGGAUUCGGGUGGUUUCUCUACGUCCGUUGAGUUGACCAUACGAGUUUCGGACGUGAACGACAAUGCGCCGAAAUUUGAAUUGCCCGAUUACCAAGCCCAUAACGUGGACGAAGAUAUAUCGUUGGGGACGAGCAUACUGAAAGUGAAAGCGACCGACGCGGAUUCCGGUGCAAACGCGGAAAUAGAGUAUCUGGUGUCGGACGACCACUUCAGCGUGGACUCGAGCGGGAUCAUAGUUAACAAUAAGCAGCUCGACGCGGAUAACAACAAUGCUUAUUACGAAUUCGUUGUCACCGCCAGGGACAAAGGGGAACCGCCGAAAACGGGGACGGCGACGGUGCGCAUAUACACGAAGAACAAGAACGACGAGGAGCCAAAGUUCUCCCAGCAGGUGUACACGCCGAACGUGGACGAGAACGCGGGGCCGAACACGCUCGUCACAACGGUGGUCGCCUCUGACAAGGACGGGGACAACGUUCGCUUUCGAUUCGUCGGCGGUAACACGACAUCGGGCCAGUUCGUGAUCGAGGAGAUCACCGGUGUGAUUCGCCUUCACGGGAAAGCGAUCUCUUUGGACAGGGACAAGUACGAGUUGAACGUGACAGCCCUCGACGACGGUGCUUGUUGCCCCAACGGGGAGACCACCACCCAUACCAGCACCGCUGUCGUCGUCGUAUUCAUCACCGACGUGAACGAUAACAAACCGGUGUUCAAGGAUUGCAGCAUGUACAAUCCGAAGGUGGAAGAAGGCGCGCCCAACGGCAGCACCGUGAUCAAAGUUCAGGCUACGGACGAAGACAAGGGCGUGAACGGGCAAGUGAAAUAUUCGAUCGUUCAACAACCCAAUCAGAAGGGAACCAAGUUCACCGUUGACGAGGAAACUGGCCAAGUUUUGACGAAUAAGGUAUUCGAUCGCGAAGGAGACGAUGGUAAAUUUGUAUCCGUUACCGUGAAAGCAACGGAUCAAGGUGAACCUUCCUUGGAAGGUGUUUGCUCGUUCACCGUUGAAAUCACCGAUGUCAACGAUAACCCGCCGUUGUUCGAUCGUCAGCGAUACGUAGAGAAUGUAAAACAAGAUGCCAGUAUCGGAACGAACAUUCUCAGAGUAUCGGCAUCGGACGAGGAUGCCGAUAAUAACGGUGCCAUAACAUACUCGUUGAGCUCUCCGAACAAUGACCAAGGAUUGGAGUACUUUGAGAUCCAACCAGAAUCUGGUUGGAUCGUCUUAAAGAAGCCUCUAGACGAGCAGGUGGGAACGACAUUUUUUGAGCCCCACGUACGGUGUACUUCAACCUCUACGCAUUUUGUGGGCUGUUUUCCACGUGACAGCUAUCGCCUGCGAGUACGGGCCUCCGACAGAGGGAUGCAAGUGUUGCACGCAGACGUGGACGUUGAGUUAGACGUCGUAGACAGAAACAAUAAACCACCUGUGUGGGAUGCGAAUGUAUACGGCCCCAUUCACAUCAAAGAAAAUGUCACAGUGGGUACUGUAGUGACGUCGGUGAAAGCCAGCUCGGGAAUCGAGAAUAAUCCGACGGUGUUUUACCGGCUAAUGCCUGGAUCCACCGCGCAGACCAACAAGUUUCACACGUUUUACCUUCAGCAACGAGCCGAGAAGUCUGUCACCUGGGCCGACAUCAAGGUUAACCAUCAGCUGGAUUACGAGAGCAUAAAGGAGUACAAUCUGACUAUACGAGUCGAGAACAAUGGUGCCCAACAACUCGCUUCUGAAGCGACCGUCUAUAUCGUUCUGGAGGAUGUUAACGACGAAAUACCUUUGUUCACCGAACGUGAGCAAGAAACUGUACUCGAGGGUGAACCGGUCGGUAGUAAAGUCACUCAAGUCAACGCGAUUGAUAAGGAUGGCACUUUUCCGAACAAUCAGGUCACUUAUUACGUGGUGGACAGCGACAGAAACGAAGGAAAGGAUUACUUCGAGAUUAAUCGGGAGACCGGGGAGAUCUUCACGAAGGUGAUGUUCGAUCGGGAGAAGCAAGGAGCGUACGCAUUGGAAGUGGAGGCCAGGGACGGUGCACCUUCCGCUAGGCCCAACAGCAACGGCCAGCCGAACUCCGUGACGAAAUUCAUCCGUAUUGGAAUAGCUGACAAGAACGACAAUCCGCCUUAUUUCGACAAAGGCCUCUACGAGGCUGAAGUAGACGAAAAUGAGGAUAUCCAGCACACGGUACUCACUGUCACCGCCAAAGAUCACGACGAGUCCUCGCGUAUUCGAUACGAGAUUACGAGCGGUAACAUAGGCGGUGCAUUCGCCGUGAAGAAUAUGACUGGCGCCAUCUAUGUCGCGGGUGCGUUAGAUUACGAGACGAGGAAAAGGUACGAGCUCCGCCUCACCGCGUCUGAUAACUUGAAAGAAAAUUACACGACGGUCGUGAUACACGUGAAGGAUGUGAACGAUAAUCCACCUGUCUUCGAACGUCCAACUUACAAGACGCAGAUCACCGAGGAGGACGACAGGACUUUGCCUAAACGAGUCCUCGGGGUGACGGCGACCGAUGGCGACAAGGACAGGCCGCAGAAUAUCGUCUACUUUUUAACCGGACAGGGUAUCGAUCCCGAUAAUCCAGCGAACAGUAAAUUCGACAUCAACCGCACCAGCGGAGAAAUUUACGUCCUAAAGCCGCUGGACAGGGAUCAACCGAACGGGAGGCCGCAGUGGCGAUUCACAGUGUUCGCUCAAGACGAAGGUGGGGAGGGUUUGGUCGGGUAUGCCGACGUGCAGGUGAACCUGAAAGACAUCAACGACAACGCGCCCACCUUCCCCCAAGGAAUUUAUUUCGGCAAUGUGACGGAGAACGGAACAGCGGGAAUGGUCGUGAUGACGAUGACGGCGGUCGACUACGACGACCCGAGCGAGGGUACGAACGCGAAAUUGAUUUACUCGAUCGAGAAGAACGUGAUCGAGGAGGAGACCGGCUCGCCCAUCUUUGAGAUCGAGUCGGACACAGGCGUGAUAAAGACGGCGGUAUGCUGUUUGGACAGAGAACGGACACCGGAUUAUUCCAUACAAGUGGUAGCUAUGGAUGGAGGGGGGUUGAAAGGGACGGGGACGGCGUCUAUACGAGUGAAAGAUAUAAACGACAUGCCUCCGCAAUUCACGAAGGAGGAGUGGUUCACCGAAGUGGACGAGACGGAAGGGCCGGAUCUGCCGGAAAUGCCGAUUCUCACGGUCACUGUACACGAUGAGGACGAGACUAAUAAGUUUCAGUAUAAAGUGAUCGAAAGUAGCGGGUACGGUGCCGACAAAUUCACCAUGGUGAGAAACAACGACGGCACCGGCUCUCUCAAGAUCGUGCAAUCGUUGGACUACGAGGACCAAUUGCAGAGCAACGGUUUCAGGUUCAGGAUACAGGUCAACGACAAGGGGGAAGACAACGACAACGAUAAAUACCACGUCGCCUAUUCGUGGGUGGUGGUGAAACUGCGCGACAUAAACGAUAACCAGCCCCAAUUCGAGAAAGCGAAUAUCGAGACCACGGUGCCGGAAAACGCUCGUAUCGGGAACAGCCUGGAAACGUUCAAAGCCACCGACCCCGACCAAGGUGGUAAGAGCAAGGUGUAUUACUCGAUCGACAGAAGUUCCGACCGCAAAAGGCAAUUUUCCAUCAACGAAAACGGGACGGUGUCGAUCCAGAGGAGUCUCGAUCGCGAGGAAACCCCUAGGCAUCAGGUGAAAAUCUUGGCCAUCGACGACGGGAUCCCACCGAAAACGGCGACGGCGACGUUGACCGUGAUCGUGCACGACAUAAACGACAAUCCGCCCCGAUUCCUCAAGGAUUAUCGGCCGGUGUUGCAAGAACACUCCCAGCAGAAGAAAGUGGUAGAGAUUUCGGCCACGGACGACGACGAUCGAUCGAAGAGCAACGGGCCGCCGUUCACUUUCAGAAUGGACCCUAAGGCGGACGACGUGAUUCGUGCCAGUUUCAAAGUUGAGAGCGAUAACAAGGGAGCGAACGGGGACGGUAUGGCCAUUGUUUCCUCGUUACUGUCGUUCAACAGGGAGCAACAAAAGGAGUACUUGAUACCGAUCGUUAUCAAGGAUACCGGGACUCCGUCUAUGUCUGGGACCAGUACUUUAACCGUUAUUAUCGGGGAUAUCAACGAUAACAAAAUGCAGCCAGGAUCGAAAGACAUUUUUGUAUAUAAUUACGCAGGACAAUCACCUGACACGGAAAUAGGCAGAGUUUACGUGUUCGACUUGGACGAUUGGGACCUACCCGAUAAGAAAUUUUACUGGGAGGGUUUGGAACACGCUCAAUUCAAAUUGGACGAGGACACGGGGAUGAUAUACAUGAAAUCGGGUACCCACGACGGCAGAUACCACUUACGUUUCAAAGUGUACGAUCGGAAGCACACGCAAACGGACGUCCCGGCGAACGUGACGGUCACCGUGAAAACUAUACCGCACGAGGCUGUGCUGAACUCUGGAUCCGUUCGGAUAUCGGGCAUAACGGAUGAAGAUUUCAUCCGUAUUUGGGAUUACAAGUCGCAAACUACGUCGCGAAGUAAAGCGGAAUUAUUCAGGGACAAAUUGGCGCACUUGUUGAACAUCGACAGGGAAAACGUGGACGUGUUCAGCGUUCAAUUGCGUAGGAUACACCCCCCGUUGACGGACGUGAGAUUCGCGGCCCACGGGUCAACGUAUUACAAACCUGUCAGAUUGAACGGAAUCGUGUUGAUGCAUCGGGAGGAGAUCGAGAAGGAGGUGGGCAUCAACAUAACCAUGGUGGGGAUCGACGAGUGUUACUACGAGAACGAAGUGUGCGAGGGUAGUUGCACGAAUACGUUGGACAUUAGCAGCUUGCCGUACAUGGUGAACGCGAACAGAACUGCCCUGGUCGGCGUGCGAGUGGACGUAAUCGCCGAGUGCACCUGCGGGGCGCGAAACUUCAGUAAAGGAGAGUCGUGCAGGAGCAGCCCUUGUUACAACGGCGGUCGUUGCGUGGAGGGGAGAUUCGGAUUGUCGUGCCAGUGCCCAGCCGGGUACAACGGUCCGAGGUGUCAGCAAACCGCGAGAAGCUUUCGCGGGAACGGAUGGGCGUGGUAUCCUGCUCUCGAAAUGUGCGACAACAGUCAUUUGAGCUUCGAAUUCAUCACGAAGAAGCCCGACGGAUUGUUAUUGUACAAUGGGCCCAUAGUUCCUCCAGAGGCUGACGAGAUUAUGGUCUCCGACUUCAUAUCCGUCGAGCUGGAACGUGGGAUACCGCGGCUAUUGAUAGACUUCGGUUCCGGCACGUUGGAACUGAAAGUGAAACCGAAAAGGACGCUGGACGACGGGGAAUGGCACAGGCUCGACAUCUUUUGGAACACGGAGACCGUAAAAUUGAUCAUCGACUACUGCAAGUCGGCGGACAUCUCUGAACCGGAGGACGGCACGCCGCCAGAGUUCAACGACACCAGCUGCCAAGCCCAAGGGACUAUACCACCGUUCAACGAGUACCUGAACGUGAACGCCCCCCUGCAAAUCGGUGGUCUGUACGUGGAGCAGUUCGACCCGACCCACUACAAGUGGAAGCACAUGCCGGUCGGCAAAGGUUUCGACGGGUGUAUCAAGAAUCUGUUCCACAACAGCAAGCUUUACGACCUGGCGCAUCCCGGCCUGUCGAGGAACAGCGUGGCCGGCUGCCCCCAGACCGAGGAGAUAUGCAACAACCAGGAGUCCACGUUCCGUUGCUGGGAGCACGGCACCUGCGUGGGCAGCUUCGCCGAGGCCAGAUGCCAGUGCAACCCGGGCUGGACCGGACCCGGCUGCAUGACGCCCACCAUACCGACCACGUUCAAGCCGCAGAGUUACGUCAAAUACGCCUUGUCCUUCGAGCCGGAUAAAUAUUCCACGCAAGUGCAACUCAGAUUCCGCACUCGAGAGGUCCACGGCGAAUUGUUCAGGGUCAGCGACCAGCACAACAGGGAAUACGCCAUCUUGGAGAUCAAGGACAGCAGACUGCACUUCCGCUACAAUUUGAACAGUCUGAGAACCGAGGAAAGGGAUAUAUGGUUGACGGCGAUAGCUGUGGACGACGGGCAGUGGCAUACCGUUAGAGUGUCGAGGUACGGAUCGGCCGCCACGUUGGAGUUGGACGGGGGGGAGGGGAGAAGGUUCAACGAGACCUUCUCCUUCGAGGGGCAUCAGUGGUUGCUGGUGGACAAGCAGGAAGGGGUUUUCGCUGGUGGCAAGGCUGAGUAUACGGGGGUAAGGACGUUCGAGGUGUACGCCGAUUACCAGAAAGGGUGUCUCGACGACAUAAGAUUGGAGGGGAAGCAUCUGCCGUUACCACCCGCCAUGAAUGGCACGCAAUGGGGUCAAGCAACGAUGGCCAGAAACUUGGAAAGGAAUUGUCCCUCGAACAAGCCCUGCGCCAACGUCAUUUGCCCGGAGCCAUUCGAAUGUAUCGAUCUUUGGAACGAGUACGACUGCACGUGCGGGGAAGGGAGGAUUCCGUCGCCCGACAACAAAGGAUGCAUGGACAAGAACGAGUGUAUAGAUUAUCCUUGCCUGAACGGUGGUAGAUGCAUCAAUCAGGAUCCUCGCUUCCGGUACAGAUGUAUCUGCCCGGACGGUUUCUGGGGGGAGAAUUGCGAGCUCGUGCAAGAGGGGCAAACGUUGAAGCUCAGUAUGGGAGCUUUGGCGGCCAUUUUGGUUUGCCUUCUGAUCAUUCUUGUGCUCGUCUUGGUAUUCGUCGUGUACAACAGGAGAAGAGAAUCUCACAUCAAGUAUCCGGGGCCCGACGACGACGUAAGAGAGAAUAUCAUCAACUACGACGACGAGGGUGGCGGAGAAGAUGACAUGACCGCGUUCGACAUCACCCCCCUUCAAAUUCCUAUUGGCGGUCCGAUACCGGAAAUGGGUGGAAAGCUGCCACCGUGUAAAAUACCCUAUACGCUAGGGCCGGAACCAAACGUGGGCAUAUUCAUAGAGGAUCACAAAAAGAGAGCCGACAGUGACCCUAAUGCGCCACCGUUCGACGAUCUUCGAAAUUACGCGUACGAGGGUGGCGGAAGCAUCGCAGGCUCAUUGUCAUCGUUAGCUUCCGGAACCGACGACGAGCAGCACGAGUACGAGUAUCUAGGUGCUUGGGGGCCGAGAUUCGACAAGCUGGCCGACAUGUACGGGCCGGCGGAGGAGAGCGAAGAGGAGGAUUAAAACUGAUCCCCGUAAGCUCGCACGACACCCCGUACAACCCUUCGAGGAGCAACGUUCGCGUGAGCUUGAACGUGGAGAAAAAAAAUUCGGAGAAGCAAGGGAAAAAAGAACGGAACGAGACAAGAGAGGAAGGGAAAGGAAAAGUUUCCUUCGCGUUAUUCGAUCGGCAAAGAGGUUUUUCCCUUUCGUUCACACGUGCACACAUGUUUCCGGGAUACACGCAUAUUUUCGAACGAUGCGAUAUCUAUAUAUGUGUGCGAUAGAGGUGUGCGUUAUGAUUGACGAGAGAGAAAGAAAGGGGAGUAGUACGGAGAGAGAGAGAGAGAGAGAAAAGAUCGUCUGGCCAAAGUUUUAAAGAAAAAAAGGAAAAAAAAAGAAAAAGAAAACGUAGCAGCUCGUCGAAGACGAGAUCUCUCGGAAAGAUAUAUAUAUAUAUAAAAUGAAUGAGAACGUGUGGGAUAAACUGGCCACACCGUAGGUACACGCGUAAGUACACCUACAAGGGUGUAACCUAUCUGUAUAGCACGUUACGCGUACACGUAGUAGUGAAUUCGCGCGUGUUCUGCCUUGCGCACGCGAGACUUUUCUAUUAAUAAAAUAAAUCUAUAUAUAUAUUAUAUAUAUACGAUUCAUUAUUUUUAGUCACAGUCAUAGUUACUAUUUAAUCGGUAAAACCGACCUAAGUGUCUCGGUAUUCGAAACUAUCGUCGGCGCGAUCAGCAUCGGUUCUACUGAAAUUACCGAGCUCGUGAACACGUUACUACUGCCAGCCGUGCGCGUGACAAAGAGUCGUUUUCGUUUUUACCUCGUGGCGCGGGUCACGUCACCAAGUGAUCGUGACACGCGAGAUACUUUUAAGGGCAUUUUCUCAUUUAUCCGUCUCUUCAACACCCCCCUCCCCCGAUAUAUAUACACACAAACACAUACACGCAUACACACACCUGAUCUCACACCUAUCCCAAAGUUGGCCCCUGGAUGUCGGAGAAUCGAAGGAAGAAUGGAAAAAAAGAUUCGUUGGGCGCGAUUUUUCCGUUUCUCACGCGAACGCGCAUCGGCUAACGAUCGAUCCCCAAAAACGUGACGAUCCAACAAUCUUCACCUUACGUGCAACUACGUAAAAGAUAUCGAAUUUCAGUUGGGUGUGUAAUGGAAUCCUAAUGGCAGAUUCGUGGCGCCUUCCUGGUUCGCGAUAUGCGGACGAUUCCUAAUGUGGUCUAUCUAUAUAAUAAAAGAAGAAGAAGAAAAAAUAUAGGAUUAUUUAAGAGAGAGAGAGAGAGACACGUUUAGCUGUUGUUCGCGAGUCGUGAACCAUCCUCAUCGUUGUCAUCGUCACCGUCACCAGCAUCCUCAUUAAUUAUUGAUAGUAUUAUUAUUGACAUUACGAUAUAAAUAUAUAUAUUAUAAAUAUGGAUUUAUAAAUAAAUGAAUGAAUAAAUAUAAAUAUAAAUAUAUAUAUAUAGAGAGAGAGAGAAAAAAAGAGAGAGAGAGAAAGAGAGAGAAAAAGAAAGCGCACGGCGGAGGACAAAGGGUACAGCACCGUAUGGGGCGCACGAAAGUCCGCGAAAUAACAAAUUCCGAGAGUUACCGCGCGUAUAUGUAAUUAUUAAUAUUAUAUAGCGAUAUAAAUAUAAAUAUAAAUAUAAAUAUAUAUAUAUAUAUUUAUAUAAGUAUAUAUAAAUAUAUAUAUAUAUAUUAUAUAUAUGAAAGAAUCUGAAUACAAACGAAAGACACGUAAAAAGAGAGGAUGAAAAAGAAAAAAAAAAGGAAAGAAAAAUACCAAAAACAAGAGAGAAAGAGCGCGAGAUAUGGAGGACCGGUUGUCGAGAAAAAGCUCACGAUUCGAAAUCUCGACGUAGCGAUUUAAUAUUUAUUUUCUAUCGAUGAUCGAGUCGGUCAGGGGAUAAGUUCCGAUUUAAUGAAAAGAAACGAGAAGAAAAGAAAGAGAGAAAAUCGGCGAGCCUACGAAAGAGAAAAGGAGACGAGAGGAGAUGUCGUUACUCACGUCACGACACGAGCGACCUCGACGCAUCGAUCAAACGUGUUCUCGAUCCCCCUCCAUCGUUUCCGACGUCGCUUGCGCGGCUUGUGGGGUUAGAUGCAACGUGGUCGAACCAUCACCGUCGUUUCCAUCUCUUGCACGCGUGUGUGUCUCGACUGAUUUGUAAAAUUCUCUACGGAAAUAUUAAUAGUCAAUUUAUCGGUUAGGUGAUGCCCCGUCGGAUCCAAGCGGGAUCCGGGCGUAGCGUUUAAGCACUUGUACGAAUAUUGUAAGUAACGUCGUGUAUUUCGGUGUCCCGGUGCCGCUCGUAAUGCGCCGCGAUCGGUAUCGAGCAUCUCUAUAUAAUUCUCCUCACCAACAUUCGUCGUCUUACGUAUCGUUUCCCGCCGAUAUAUUUGUGAUACGUUUACGUUUCCCCCUUUUAGUCGACCUACCUAUACAUAUACAUACAUAUAUAUAUAUAUAUAUAAAUAUUUACGUCUAUUCCUCCUGCGAGCCGCGAGAACAUCGAGAAACACAUCGAAAUCGAUCGCUUGUCAUCGCGUCGAACAAUAUCCUAUAUCCUAUAAAUAUAUAUAUAUAUAUAUACAUAUAUAAAUUCGAUCUUUUCUCAGCCUCGAACGAAGAAUACGAUAUUCGUUUCUGAUAUAACUAUAUAUAUAAAAAUAUACGACCGUGUUCACGCGUUUUCUUCCUUCUGAAAAUCGUAUUGUACAGAAUUCGUUAACGUCUUACCUCCUAACAUCUUAUCCCCGUGAAAAGGAAACGUUUCUCGAUGUUGAUAGGUUCGAUUCAUGAUAGGUUGAAUUUACCGUCGUUUCAUUAAUCUCACCGUCCUCCCUCGUAUAUCACACACGCACACACACAUAUACACACGUAUACACACACGUAUAUUUCGUUUCUCCGGCCAUUCUCCUAUAUCGUCGAUUUCACCCCGCCAAGUAGUUUCUAAGCAGAGACAGUAUUCGACGGAUACGGCGUUUAUAUAGGAGGACGAACGUUAUUAUCGUUGAGUAAUAACCUAUAAUGAGUUGAGUAGCGCGCAAGGGCGCGCACGUGUGUGUACAGUGGCAAAGAAGAAGAAGAAAAUAAAAAUGAAUAUCGUUUCGCGCGAUCAGUUGGAAAGGAUAAAUCGCGAAUUCGAAACAACCCUCGAUUUCUUGGAGAUUGGCUUUGCACGAUAGUCCUCUAGCAAGAUACGUACCUUACUCUUAGCCUUACUCUUUCCCUCGAUUGAUAAGAGAAACCUGGAGAGAAGAAAAGAAAAAAAAAGAAAGGUUAAUUUUUCCAUGUAAAUUCUCGAAUCGAAGUAUCAUCGAAUUAAUAUUGCAUUAGAAUAAUAUACAAAUCUUCUCGAACGCGUUACGUGCGUACGUUCAUUUAUCAACAUCAGGCAGUAGAAACGUGGCUCUAAAAAAGAAAAAAAGAAAAAAAAAAUUAGAAGAGAAAAUGAUCCUUCUUUAAAACUCUUCGUUAAAUUUAAGAAAAUGAUGUGUAUGAUGUAAUAUAUAAUUUAACGAGAUCUAAAUGUCAUAGUAAAGUCAACUUCCGAGAUUCGCGUUUGCCCGAAUGCGCGAAUUUCAACGCGAUUUGGCAAAAAUCUUUCCAUUCGCUUGACCCAGGCACCUCGAAAAACUUUGGCACGAUACCAAACAAGGGCGCAGUUCGAUUACCUUACGAACCGCGGAUCAACGAAAUAAUUGAGCACGGGAGAAGCAAUAUUUUCAUUCUUGUAUCAAAUUUUCAUAUGUCCCAUUGUAUAUGUGUUUCGAAGUGGAUUAAAAAAUUUGUAUGUAAAAAAUUGAACAUCCCCGAUGACGGAUUGAUUACGGCGAGCGUACGAGAAACAUUUUCAUGCACGCAAUAACGAUAAUAAAUAAAUAAGAUAUCGACGAGAAUUAGAAAAUCUGAUGAAAAUCUUAUCUUGUCGUGAGAUUUUUUAUUAAAAAAUUUUUGCUGAAACUUUACUCGAUAUUGCGUAUUUGUUGAUAUAUAUUUUUAUAUAACGUUAAAACGGAAGCAGUUCGUAAGGUGCAUAAGAGGGGAAUAUCGUUAGGACCAUUCCAACCAUCGAAUCCAAAGUGUUAAGAUUUAUAAAGAGGAUGAUCACACUUACUUUUUAAAAUAAUACUUUUAAAAAUAAGUAUGCGUAUUUACGAUUUUAUUUGCCACUUGAAGAGCAAACGUGCUUGGUCUUUUUGCGAACGUGGCAAGGAGACGACACGCGGAAAAUUAUCAUUAACGAUCAUAAUUAUUAAUACGAUUAAAAAUCGAUAAGAAGAAAUAAAAGGAAAACGUUCCUUUUUUUAUUCUCAUUCCAUUCAAGAAACACGGUUUUUUAUUUUUUAAGAUCUAGAAGCUUAUAUAUAGUUUUCGUUUAUCCUCUCGUCUCGAUCAAAUAAGAAUAGUUUACUUUAUUAUUGUAAAUUUUGCGAAUAUUUGUAAAUUUCUCUUUGCAUUUUUUUCCUUUAACGUUUUCCCUCGUUUCUAGAUAAAAAUAAUAGAUUUCUCAACGAUUGAUUUCUCGAUGUACGUGUAAAUGUUCAAAUGUGCGACGAGUAAAUAGGUCUAGGGAAUCGGACACCUGUAAAUUUUGUAGAAUAAUUGUGAAUAUUUUUAGCGUUUCUUUAUUUAAUCACUUAUAACAAUUACACCCGUAUCAAUCAUCGAUGUGUUAAUUUCACGACGUGUAUGUGUAUAAUGUCUAUGUAUCAAUCGUAGAAGAUAAUUUGUCACGCGAAACGAAUUUAAUUUCAUCGAAUCAUACAUUUUGUACAAAAAAAAAAAGAAAAAGAAAAAAGAAGAAGAAGAAGAAAAGAAAAGGGAAGAAAAGAAAGAAGAGGAUCGACUUCUUUUUUUUUUUUUUUUUUUAAGUAAUAUCAUUUGUACCAUACACGGAAAUUAAUUGUAAUAUCUCGAGAACGAUAAACUUUACAACCGUCGAAUUGUUUUAACGAGUUAACAAUCAGUGUCGAGCGAUCGAUAUUAUAAGUUAAGAUACUAUUUCAAUCGCACACAUGGCUCAACUUUUUUAUCGAGAACGAAUUGGCAGGUGCGAAAGAGAAGAACUUUUCUAAAGGAAUCAAGGACGAGAGAAAUAAAUAAAAGAAAAAGCGAAGCGUGCUUAUGCUUACGAUUGGAGAUCUCAUUGUCGUCGAGAUUGGAGGGCGACGAUCGAACGAUCGAUCGAAGCGAAGAAUAAAUCGAGAGGAGGAAAGAAACGAGAAAGGAACGGCGAAGCCUCGUUCGAAACGAGAGGGAAACGACGGCCACGCGAGCUCAUUUUACAUAUCUAUACAACUUUUUCCAAGCACUGCCUAAUCGUGCACAAAAGAAGAAGAGAGGCCGGAUUUCUCGUGCCUCGAUCCCGAAAUAAUUACGAUUGAAAACGGAGCGAUGCUAAAGUUAAUUUUACAACGGCACUAGUCCGCUUGAUCGAAUGCCUCAGCGACGUGAAAAAAAAGAGGGGAAAAAAGGGAAAAAAAAAUAAACAUUUCUUAUCCCGAGACUUCGGAAUUCUUUCUAACUCUCUCUCUUUGUUCGUUGUUUGUCGAGAUCCGAACACACACGCUUUUUCCCAACGAACAUGAAUUUGCGUAUUUGCGAUGACGAGCGAGCGUGUAAGCGUAUUGUCACAUCGAAAAAAACGAAACGUUGCUCGUGGAUCGGAUCGGAAAUAUUCGAUUGGAUGAUGCGCGCACCCUUUUCGACCUGAGAAAAAAAAGAAAAUAAAGUUGCCAUUUUUCGAAACGAUUCUAGUCACCCCUCUUUAUCGGGAUUAGUUAGUUUCGAUUUUUAUCUUCUUGUAGAAUUUUAUAUAUAUAUAUAUAUGUACUUUAUUUCGUAUUAAUAAUGACGAAGGCGUAUUUUCCUUUGAAACGAUUUUACGAUCGAUCAAAUUAUUAUUAAGAGCGCACUGCCAUCCAAUUUCUGAAUAUUUCCGAAUUUCGAAGCGAACGUUUCUUCGCAUUGUCUUUGAUCACCGCUCCCAUCGCCCCUCCCCCUCCCCCUCCCCCUUCCCCCGCCCUCCCUCCGGGAAAAUCGAUAAUUUAAUAUACGAGAAACGAGAAAGUCAGUGUGGCGUGAAGAAGAGGAGAGAAAAGAAGAGAGGUGUAUCGAGGAAGAAUCGCGUUGAUGUAAUCGAGGAGCCGACAAUCGUUACCAGCCCGUCGGUCAAGGGAGAAUGGAGGAAAAAAAAAGCAUUGUAAUAUAUUAGACUUCGAUGACGAAAAAAAAAGGAAAAAAAAAAGAAAAAAAAGAAUGAUCGUAACGCUGCCACUGAACACAUCCCGUGUAGUACAAUUACCGUAUAUAUAAUAUUCCACAGUAUACUGGUAACACACUGUAUUAUUAAUUGAAUUGAAUAUUUAUUAACGAUUAAUUAUUACAUUAUUACCACUAUAUUAUCUAUACCAUUUGUACUUUGCAUUUCAGUUCGAACGAAAUAAAUGCCUUCUUUUUCAUAAAAAUAAAA